GUCACGAGGGUGGAGGAGCAAGAGAAUCCUUUCUAUGAUCUUGCAUGGCAUCUUGCCCUCCAAACCGUACUUGAAGACAUGAAUGGGAAUGAGAAAGAAGAGGGUGAAGUGAGCGUCGAAGAGGAGGAAGAGAGCAUUGAAGAAAAUGAAGCUCUUGAUUGUUCCCAGGGGUGGAAUGAAUCAAAGAAGAAGGAAGGGAGAUUGAGAGUGAAGUAGAAGGAGCAAGUGGCGUUCGAGUAAUGGACAAGUCGUGGUGGAUGAAGCAUCCAUGAGUUACAAUAGCUAUCAAAGCUUUCCACUGGACCUUGAUGCGCUACUCGAGAAGGCCCAUUUGCGGCUCUUUGCCAAGCCAAGGCUAAACCAUAGGGAUCACUCUUGGUGGAUGCGAUGGAAGUCAAUCGAGGUGGCAUUAUAUGGUGUGGGGAAAAGAGAAGAAGGAAAGAAGGAGAGGUCUCGUGGGUGGAGCCUCAUGCUAACUCAAGUUCACGAGCCCUCAAGCACUGACUCGUCCAAUGCUCGUGACUUGAGACAUCAACUCACCAACGCGAACCGCAACUUUAAGGAGGUUCUUGGGUGGACUGAAACUUGAGAAGCAACCGCCCGGCUCACAACGUUAAAGAAGCGCUUGGUGGGAGACAACCCAACCAUCAACGAUUUGCAUCUCUUUUCCCUUCAAUAAGACGACCAUUGGAGAGAUUUUGGUGGUGUUUUGCCAUCUCCUUACUUCCGGAUCUCACCCGCCCUCCGCUCCCGAUCACCAACAGUCACAACUUGACCGGUAAAAUCAUUCUACCUCCUUCUUUUACGCCAUUGAGGGAAAUGUCAAGCUUAAGUGUGUGUGUGUGUGUGUGUGGGGGGGGGGGGGGGGGUAGUCUAUUAUGCUUGUGUGUGAAUGAUUAGUGUGAUUUUCAGUGCUUAGAGCUUAGUUGUAUGCUCAAAAUUUCAAAAUUUGAGGCCUCCAAUCAUAGCAACUUCUACAUUGCAUGAUUGUAGUGGUAAUUGUGUUGUUUUGUUUUGAAGCUCUUGGUUAUUAACAUUUUCUAUGGAUGAUUUGCUUGUGAAGGUGUGCAAUCUAUUAUGAUGACUGAGACAUGUAUUAGGUUUGUGCAUAGUUUCAGUUCUCAUGUGUUUGUGAACCGGUAGAUGUUUUUUAAUCGAUUACUUGCUUUUCACAGUUGCAUAUGCAUCGAGUUUAGGGAGUUAGAAUGAAUGAUUGAGCACCUAGGUAGCCAUGUGAGACUUGUGUCGUUCGUUUUAUUCUUGUGCGAUAGAUCCCUCUUUACGUGAUGCGUAGCAUUCACGUUGUUGCUAGCGAGGAAGAUGGAGGCAUAGGUUUAGUCCAUGACCCAAAAUUUCACUUGUUCCGAUUGCAUUAUCCCCUAGUCAACCCUUUUGAGCCAUGUGUCUAAGGUUCGUUCUCGUGUUGGGUAGAUUCUGCUACUUGAGCAUGAUUGAUUUAGAUAGAAUGACCCUUUGUUUUCUUCAUGUCUACACCGUUAUCGAGUCACCCUUGUGUUUGGAAGCUCCAUUCAUACCAUUUGAGCUUAAAUGAGGUUACACAUGAGUGAUUUGUGUAUGGUUUUUAUAGGAAUGAAAAAAGUGAGUGUUAGAGGUAGUUUUUCAAAGCGAGCAUUGUUCUUUAAAUUCAAAAUUGUGGUAUGUGUAUAUAGCAGAAUAUCAAACCAUGAACGAAAAAAGGCAUGAGAGAAAAACAUAUUGGCUAGUGAUUGCGAAGCCCCAAUUCUUAAUUGGAGGGGCCACCAAAGGCCUCCGCCCUUCCGUCCCUUGGAUCGAUAGAGAGGGAGGGCAGAGCUUUUGGUUUUUUCAUGUUGUCAAAGAAUUGAACAAUAAAAAUAGAUGGCGAGUACCUGAUCAAAUUGAUUGGGUCAUUUAAGAACAAGGUUCAAGUCUACCGGUCUGUUAGGAUGCCCCAGCUUCAUGCAUCAAUGCACUUCCACUUGACACCUAUCGUAAUGAUAAACGACUCGUCUUGUCAUGACCUUCUCUUGAAUUCUCAAAACUUAUGUCGCUCCAUCCCCGCAGGGACAGAGAACCCGUUUCUGUCUCGGUUGUGCUACCGGGGGCUCUGGGGAAGUCGGAAUAGGAGAAAAGCGAGUGGCCACCAAAAAUAUAAUAAAUGUUGGACAUGCUCUUAGAAGUGUUUCUUGGCAUUUAAGCUAUAGAAACACUUACAUGUUGUUGACCUCUACACUCCUGUGCUUGAAUUGAAUAGCAAAUGUAGAAAGACAGAAUGCGUGACAUGGUUUGGUGAUUGGUUGUGGUUUGGAAUGGAGGGAAGUGUGGUUUUUGGCCAAUGCUAGUGGCCAUUGCGUGUAGAAGAAGGUUCUAGUAUAAACCAUAGAACCUUGU